AUGUCGGUUGUGGAUGCCUGGGAAGCCAUUUCUUCCGAGAUGUCGGUGACAAGCGUCGCCACGUGCGACAACACUCUUUCAUCUCCCCCAGGCCACAUUGAUGAUUCCAAAAAGAAGAAAAUUGAUCAAGGUCCUCUCCCAAAGGUCUAUCCCAUCAAGCUUGGGAGCAGAAAACUCUCAGCAAUGGACAUGCUCGCAUCACACGCGCGCCGCGGAAGUCGAAGCGUCCGUCCAAAGACGCAGCUGCGCGACGGGGACAUCCUCAUUCUUCGCGCGGGAUUCACCACUGGCAUGGGCGCAUUCGUCGGCCUCGAAGCCACAGAAGAGAGUGCCCAGUGGAUCCGGAAUCACCAUUUCGCUGUCGUGGCGACCGACACGCUCGGGUUCGAUCGAGGUCACCCCGAAUAUGCACCUUGA